GGGAAGCGGUAACAACCAAGUCUGCAUCGAAUGCCUGUCUCUUACAAUUGCCAAUGAAUUAUCUUCGAAUUCCUAUGUCUGCCAGUUGACAUAGCCUAACCUAUCACACGCACUGCACACCAGUUCUGCAAGAAACAGGAUAUUCGCAGGCUGUGCGUUUUUUCAGCACCUGAGCAUUACUGAGGCUGUUCACCCUACUGGAUCAUGGCACAGACCAACAGUGUGGGGAGUAAUGGAGUAGCCGAUGAAUCACCCAACAUGAUUGUAUACAGAAAGAUGGAGGACGUAAUAGCCCGCAUGCAGGAUGAGAAGAAUGGAAUUCCUAUCCGCACUGUGAAAAGUUUUUUAUCCAAGAUUCCAAGUGUUUUUUCAGGUUCUGACAUUGUACAGUGGAUGAUCAAAAACCUGAAUAUUGAAGAUCAAGUGGAGGCCCUUCACCUGGGGACCCUGAUGGCUGCCCACGGCUACUUCUUCCCCAUAUCAGACCAUGUACUCACACUGAAAGACGAUGGCACUUUCUACAGGUUUCAGACCCCCUACUUCUGGCCGUCAAACUGCUGGGAACCAGAGAAUACAGACUAUGCCGUUUACCUCUGCAAAAGAACAAUGCAAAACAAAGCUCGUCUGGAGCUGGCAGACUACGAGGCGGAGAGCUUAGCGAGGCUACAGAGAGCAUUUGCCAGAAAAUGGGAGUUCAUAUUUAUGCAAGCAGAAGCACAAGCAAAAGUUGACAAGAAAAGAGAUAAGAUUGAGAGGAAAAUUCUCGAUAGUCAAGAAAGAGCGUUUUGGGAUGUGCACAGACCAGUGCCCGGAUGUGUAAACACAACAGAAGUUGACAUAAAGAAGUCCUCCAGAAUGAAAAAUCCCCAAAAGACAAGAAAGUCAGUAUAUGGGCCUCAGAAUGAUGUGCGAACCCACAGCCCCACCCACACCCCUGCCCCAGAGGCCAAGCCAGCCACAGAGGAGCAGCUACAGGACCAGAUCAAUUAUUGGGGAGGGCAAUUAGACAGACAUCGACUGAAAAUGUCCAAAGUGGCUGAGAGUUUGUUGGCCUAUACAGAGCAGUAUGUGGAAUAUGACCCCUUCAUCACGUCAACCGACCCCUCCAACCCCUGGAUCUCAGAUGACACCGCAGUAUGGGAGCUGGAGGCUAGUAAGGAGCCAGGUCAGCAGAGGGUGAAGAGGUGGGCGUUCGGCAUCAACGAGGUUCUCAAGGAUCAGGUGGGGAGGGAGCAGUUCCUCAAGUUCCUGGAGUCUGAGUUUAGCUCAGAGAACCUGAGGUUCUGGCUAGCGGUCCAGGAGGUAAAGAAGAGGCCCAUCCGGGAGGUCCCGACCCGGGUUCAGGAGAUCUGGCAGGAGUUCCUGGCCUCUGGAGCUCCCAGUGCCAUCAACGUUGACUCAAAGAGUUAUGACAAGACCACCCAGAACGUCAAGGACCCUGGACGCUAUGCCUUUGAGGACGCACAGGAUCACAUCUUUAAGCUGAUGAAGAGUGACUCCUACAGCCGCUUCAUCCGUUCCAGUGCCUACCAGGAGCUGCUACAGGCCAAGAAAAAGAAAAGUAAGAACUUGUUUUGAAGGAUUUUACAUCCAGGGGAAAUCCCUUACAUCAAAGAGGCUGACCAACCUUGUGCCAUCAUGCUAAAAUACAGCCACUCUGCAAUAUAGAGGAGGACCAUUUCUACGUCAUUUCUACGUCAUUUCUACGUCAUCGCCAUCUGCUUUCCACUCAGACGAUGAGCUGGGCAGUACAUCAGAUGUUGCAUGUCCAAGGAGAAGGCUUGUUAUUUCUUUUACCUGAUCUAUAUCUACUAUUGGCGAGGACAUUCAUUUUGGGACAGGUAGGCAUUUUAGGACAGACAUUGAGACUGGAUAAUGCCUUUACAGAAAGUCAGUGUCCAGUUACUUCCACCAUAUCUGAUGGACACGCGUGUUCCUCUCCAGCUGAGCUAAUGAUGUCAGAAAGAAACGACAGCUUAACAGUAAAAUCUAAUCACAAUAUUAUUAUUAUACAGUUCACGAUCUGUAAUCACACCUACUUUUGUCACGCUAAGGGAAGUGUUGUGCAGUAUGCAUAUAUAUAAAUUAUUAUGUUUAUUUUGCAUUGCUUUUAUUGCACUACAGUAAUUAGCACAGUUUUCAUUACAUGUGUAAAGUCUCAUUCAAGCUGCUGUCUUUUGUCUUCUGUAGAACGCACUUCUUUGUUACUCUCUCCUGCAUUUAUUUUUAUACCAUAUUUAAAGACACUUAAAAAUGUAUUAAAGUUGUCCCUUUAUCUGUUUUUACUGUCCUGGUAAUGAAUCAAUACAUGUUGUAAUGACUAGCAAGGAGUAGAUGAACAUACUGAUCUGGAGUCAUUGUUAUAGCUCAUGAUUAUUCUCACUGAUCUGUCUGCUCAGGGCACAGACUGUCAUCUGCAGUUUAGGUGUUGCCACUAGAUGGUGGUAGAUUUAACAGAGCAUAACAUACUGUAGUUUUGGGUAUCCGUUAGAUUAGAACUGGUCUUCGCUUAUUUUACUAUAAUUUAAGGGAAUAAGUUGUACAUUUGCAAAAAAUAAUGCUUUGUUUGUUGAUUUUGUUCAAAUGUGUUAUUUGUUAGCAAUUUAGACAUUUAUUAUACUGUACAAAAUAUGCUACCACAAAAAGUAAGGGCUCUAUUCAAUCCGUAUCGAGGAAGUUCAGCGUUAGUGUGAUUAAAAUUUAAAGGCAAUUUCCCUGUUUUAGCGGAGACUGCAUUCCCGGUAAACGCUGGGUAUGUCUGCUCAAUCAGAAAUUACCUUUACAUUUCUAGAGCGCUAAGGGCUCGAUUCAAUCAGUAGCGCUGAAGAUCUGCUUUAUAGCGCGAUUGAAAUUGAAAGGUCAUUUCCGAUUGAGCCGACAUAUGCAGCAUUUACCGUGAAUGCAAUUUCCACGAAAGGCAGGAACAUUGCCUAUGUCGCACUAUAUCGCACCAGAGCGUGGGUGUUCUGCCCUACGAAGUGAAUUGAGCCCUAAGGCUUAAUGGCGAAUAUCACUAACAGAGUUUUACAAAACAUAACCUUGUCAGUUCAGGCCAGUCAGUAUAUUUAAGCCAUGAGAAACCAUGACUUAAGAUAUUAGUCAUAGUAUGGACAAAGACUGAGGCUUGAAUUCAGCUGCUAUAGUUUCCUGCUAUUCUCUACUGGUAGGAUCAAAUGGUAAUUGUUUAGACAGUGAAUUUUUUUUUGCGGAUGUUUCAGAUCUUUGACGGUGAACGACAGCCAGUGUUUUUUGUCUCAGUUCCAGUUCCCAGAACAUCAUUGUCUUUCUUCUUUAUACCUAAACCAAAAUAAUGGGAAUGUCAAUUUCAAAGGGUCCUGUUGACAUGUGAGUAGGCAGGAGUAAGAAUGAUUUAUGGAUUAUGUGAUUUCACACACCCAUGUUUGGGAAAAAGGAACAAUGUGUUGUGGUCUUAUGAGAGUCUCAGAGAGAGCUGAGAUGGAUGUGUCAGAUAAAAGUUUCCUUGAACUGG